AGUUAAUCGUUAAUUUCAUCAUCCCGCAAAAUUACGAUGAUGUGUUGCCGAUUUGAGCUGUGGUUUUAGGGGUGAAAUUAUUACUAAUUUCGACCUCAUAGGAUUGUAUGUCCUCCGUCAGAAACAUAAGAACACGACAACGCUGAUGGGGGUAAACGCAAGGUUUUGAUGGCUUUAAGGGAGUAUUUCUUUGUCGUCUGUUGGCAAUCUUAGUGCAUCUCACACCAUGGCAUCCAUGACGAUGCUGGAGACUAUCCAGGCACUGCAGCGAAGAAAAUGGGAACAUCAGCAAGCGGUGCCUUCACUAGGCGGGAAGUACUGGGGAGAGAAGCUCACAGAGUACGGUGGAAUUGGAGGGCAUCCCUUCCAGGGGCAACAGCGAGUCCGAGAUCUUUCCGUCAGCCGAAGUCACAGGCAUUAUGGGAGUGGGGUCACAAAAGCUGCGACGUAUGAUCAGCCGCACAGAGUGACCGACCUGAACAAAAGUGGCUGUCGAAUCAACGAUGAGAGGCUAUCAGCUCCCUUGACGGCCAGACUCAGCAACUUUCCCCUUCAGCGUGCAGAAUGGCCUGGGAACCAUCCGUACUAUUCACAUCGCUCAAUCUUUGAAGUUUUCCCGGAGGUGAAACCUAAUCCUGAAAUAGAAUCGAAGUCUGAUGGCCGGGCAUCUUACUUGACGAAUACCACUAAUUCUUAUGAUGAUGCACUCCGGAGGUUGCAUCAUAAUCUAUACCACACCUCGCUUUACCAGCAAACCUACAAGGACCACUUCCAAGACACCUCAAUGUCUCAUCAGCAACAAUAUACAGCUGCUCCUGUCGACUCAGUGCUAGGCAGUAUCUCGUUGCCAAUGAAACAAGAGGAUGAAGUGAAGAUGGUGAGGGAAGAGGGAGACGGGUUGAUAGGUAGGUACCGGGACGAAGCGGGGAAGGGGAGUACUGACGAAGAGGAGAAGGACGAACAAGAAGAGGAUGAAGGAGAGAGGGAUCCAGUGGGAACGAAUGAAAAUGACGAGGAGAACGAAGAGGAAGUGGAGGAGAUUGCUUCUCAGGGCGAAUCGUCAGAGUUGCGAAGCAUCCUUGUUUCCGACGGUAGUAAGUCGGCCAAUACCAUUCUACCGAAGUCAUCCAAGUCCCAAUCUCUUAGGGCCAAACGCAGCGUCAGCUUUAACGAAACGCCACAGGUGCAGAUUCUGGACAGCCGAGAUUCUGCAAGGGGUGGUGAAGACUCGGAGCAAAGUGGUAACAGCAGCACUGUUGGUGCCUCCCCGGCCUUGCAAGGUACCGGUCCAUGCUGGCCACCGAGUACCUCGUUGGUCAUUGAAAAUAUCCGUGGGUCGCAGCUCCUCGAGAGGAGGGAUAUCACCAACCUUCCUGCUGGGAAAUGUACAUCAAAAGGUCGCAUCGAUCCAUUGAAGAAGAUGUUGUCGUCUUCAAAAAUUGGAGAACAUAUCGCAUUUGUUCCUCGACCGCCUCUUGGCCUAAAGGCAUCAUCAGUCGCGACGGUUCCUCUACCAUCGUCGCUGAAGUCGGGUUCGCCCGCCUUAGCAAGUCUUCAUCCUACAUCAGAUAGAGGGAGCCCCCGCCUUGCAGGAGACACUGUCCAUUUCCCCAGCGGAGGCGAAGGACCCUUGCACUCGGGGGGCGUCACCCCACAGCUCCAUCCCAUGCAACAGAACCAGCCCUUCAUAAUACCACCGGACUACCGAAUGCUGCCGAUGAAGCAUUCGGGUGUGCUCGGCUCGUUACCAGGACUUCGGCCCUACUCGGACCUUGUUCGGAAGCGGCAGGACGAGAUUGCUAAGCGGAUCAUGAUCAGGAAAGGCAACCUUGCCACCCCACUGGUAUUGCCUCCUGCCCCUCUGUCGGAAUGCCUCACGCCCUCUGGUACCAGGACUCCUCAUCGACUCGGCCUUAGGUACAAGACCGAAGCCCGUAAGAGGUACAACAUUCUCUACCCGGAAGAGAUACCUGACCUGAGGAGUACAGAGCAUUCUGGGAGAAAAUGCUUCUUCGACGGUGACCAUUCUUCCGUCUUCAGAGGAUGAUGACGUAUCUGUGACGUCACUCGACCCAGUCAUCAUUUAUGUAGUAUAGUUGACAGCACUUCAGUAUCCAACUUGUGUGAAAGCCCGUCCAUGUUGUUCCAGUUUUCGAUCAAUGAUAAUUAUGUAAAUAUUUUUAAAUUUUGGCCACUUCCAAGCAAAUAAAUUCUCAAGUUUAUGCAUCAUAAAUAAAGAAAAACAUAUGCACCAAGUGCUUUCCAGAUUGAAAUCGUCGUUAUUUUUUGAGUUAAAUUGGGUUCCAUUUAACAUUAGAGCACACUUUUAUG